UGUGCGGUUUUCACGCUAGCCGGUAUGUGUCUAAAAGCGAGUUGCUCUUUGACCUAGAUAUUAGACAGCAUCAGUGACGGGUCGGGAAAAAGACAGACAUAGGACCAUCCUGAAAAAACACCGAUAUAAAUGAUUAAAACUCAAUUCAUAAUUUAAACACAGAGAGUGAAGCAUAAGUGUUUGAUUUGCUCGAGGUGUACCUGUGCCCCAGUCACCAUGGCAGAAGCUCACCAGGCCGUGGCCUUUCAGUUUACUGUCUCGCCUGAUGGAAUUGACCUGCAGCUAAGUCAUGAAGCCCUGCGCCAGGUCUACCUUUCAGGCCUCCACUCGUGGAAGAAGAAGUUUAUCCGCUUCAAGAAUGGCAUUAUGACUGGUGUAUACCCAGGGAGUGCUCCAGGGUUGAUGCUGGUACUUGCAGGGUACAUGGGAAGGGCAAAAUAUGCUCAAGUGGAUCCCUCCUUAGGUCUCCACCUUAAAAUCGGCAAAUACAUUCCAGUAAGUAAAUACAUAUCUCUGGACAAUCAGACAAGAGUUGGCGGUGUUGUGGUGGGCACAGGGCUCUGGGUGGUCAUCAUAUUUACCAUGAGAAGCGUGCUGAAGUGGCUGCUCUCCUGGCAUGGCUGGAUGGGUGAACGUCAUGGCUCUUUAACAUGGAAAUCACGCAUAUGGGUGGUACUUGUAAAAAUCUUUUCUGGGAUGCAAACACCAAAUCUGUAUAGCUUCCAGACAUCUCUGCCUAAUCUACCCCUGCCUUCUGUGAAAGACACAAUGAAACGAUAUCUGGAGUCUGUGCGCCCUCUCCUGGAUGAUGACGAGUACAAAAAGAUGGAGGAACUUGCUUCAGAGUUUCAGAAGACCCUGGCUCCCAAACUUCAGUGGUACUUGAAGUUGAAGACAUUGUGGGCAACAAAUUAUGUCAGUGACUGGUGGGAGGAGUACAUCUACCUCAGAAGCCGUAACCCGAUCAUGGUCAAUAGCAACUAUUAUGCUCUGGACUUCCUCUAUGUUUUACCCACAAAUCAUCAGGCAGCCAGGGCUGGAAACACCAUCCAUGCUAUCAUGCUCUAUCGGAGGAAGCUGGACCGAGCCCAGAUUAAGCCGCUCUUUGCGCUAUCAAACACGGUCCCGUUCUGUUCGGCCCAGUGGGAGCGGUUGUACAAUACCAGCCGUAUCCCAGGCCAGGAAAGGGACACCAUCCAGCAUGUGUCAGACAGCAGGCAUAUUGUGGUAUACCACAAAGGCCGCUAUUUUAAGGUGAGCAUGUUUUAUGACGGACGCCUGCUCCUGCCACGAGAGAUAGAACAGCAGAUUGAGAGGAUCCUUGCGGACACCUCAGAGCCCCAGCCUGGAGAGGAAAAACUGGCUGCAUUAACUGCAGGAGACAGGGUACCUUGGGCAUGUGCCCGAGAUGCCUACCUUAGACAGGGAAAGAACAGGCAAAGCCUUAAUGCUGUAGAGAAGGCAGCAUUCUUUGUCACCCUGGAUGACACAGAGCAGCGCCAUGAUCCAGACAACCCAGAGGAAUCACUGCACAAUUUUGGUAAAUCCCUGCUGCAUGGCAAAUGCUACGACAGGUGGUUUGAUAAGUCUUUCAACCUGAUCAUUUACAAGAAUGGAACAAUUGGCCUGAAUGCAGAACACAGCUGGGCUGACGCUCCAAUCAUAGGCCAUCUCUGGGAGCAUGUGCUGUCAACGGAUGCUAUUAAGCUGGGUUACACAGAUGAUGGCCACUGUAAUGGACAGCCUCACUCCAACCUCCCUGGCCCCCAAAGGCUGCAAUGGAACAUCCCUCCUGAGUGCCAAACCAUGAUCGCCAACUCCCUGUCUGUGGCUCAGGCCUUGGCUGAUGAUGUGGACAUGGUCAUUAUCCCUUUUCAAGAGUUUGGUAAAGGGCUGAUCAAGAAGUGCAAAACCAGCCCAGAUGCCUUUAUCCAGAUUGCCUUGCAGCUUGCCCACUUUAGGGACAAAGGAAAGUUUUGCUUGACCUACGAGGCAUCCAUGACUCGUCUUUUCAGAGAGGGGCGGACUGAGACAGUUCGAUCGUGCACCAGUGAGACCUGUGCUUUCGUCAGGGCCAUGGUCGGCAAUGAGACGAGAGAGAAGAAGCUGAGUCUGCUCAAGCAGGCCGCAGAGAAGCACCAGCAGAUGUACCGACUUGCAAUGACUGGGAAAGGCAUCGACCGACAUCUUUUCUGCCUCUACGUAGUCUCACAGUACUUGCAGCAGGACUCCCCCUUCCUCAAAAAGGUGCUGUCUGAACCAUGGCGGUUGUCUACCAGUCAGACACCACUGCAGCAACCGGGGCUGUUUGACCUGGUGAACCAUCCUGAGUACGUCUCCAGCGGUGGUGGUUUUGGCCCGGUGGCUGAUGACGGUUAUGGAGUAGCUUAUAUCAUAGUUGGAGAAAACCUCAUUAACUUCCAUAUCUCCUGCAAGUGUUCCAGCCCAGCAACAGAUGCUCAACGCUUUGGCCGCAACAUCAAACAGGCAAUGCUUGACAUGCUGCAAUUGUUCGAGCUGAAGCCAAGGGUACUGUAGUAAGAAGAGGAUGCUGCCACUUACCUAAUUAAUUGUGUGUUUUUUCUGUGUUAAGGAUCGAGGGGUUAUGACAUUUGAGUUGGACUUUUAGGUGGAGGGAUUGAAAUUCUUGAUUGAUGUUAAUAUAAUGUGUGUUUAAAAAGAAAUUAAGUGGAGAGCAGGAAUGAGUGAGUGAGUGUGGUUCUUUCAACAGAAUAAGGGCCAAGCAGCAGCCACUUUAAAUAAAACUAAUUAAUUGAAGUAUUAAGAAUCGUUUAGGAAGGCAGUGAUCUCAUGCUUAACACUCACUUUCAGCUUUGAACGGUACUAAGCCCUUAAACCACACAGUCCAAUAUUCUGCUUACAUUUCAGCUUACAUUUCAGUAGACAAAAUAACCACCCAAGCGUACUGUAGGUCAGUGAGGAAGCACUUCUUUUUACCUUGGCUAACCCUUCAGUGUGGGUAAUGGCAUCAUUGUGGUCAAGCUUACGCAAAGUGAUUUCUCUGGAAUUGAACCUCCUUGGCUCCGCAGCUAACACUUUUCUGGCACACAUUUUACAAUAUCGAGUCAUGUCAAAGUAUAUAUUACUGUAAUAUAUUAAGUAUUAUACUGUUAUAUGAACAUUACAUAUUUGGAAUGAAAGCACAGAAGUGAAUGCUAUUGAAUGGAAUGGAGAAGUUUGAAUGCUAUUUCGGUUUAUUGUUGUUUACAAAAAAAAAAUUGUAAUAAUAAGGAAAGGUUUCAGUUUCAUAACCGGCCUCAAAAAAAUCGAAGGACAUAAUGUUACUGUGCAGUUCUUUUUGUUUUAUAACAACUUAACAUUUAAUUAUUUUAUUAUUUGUUUUGUUAAAAUAAUGUACAUUAAUUUGAUUAUUUUAGAAGUUUGGUUUGUUAAAACAAUUUUAGCUUUUAAAGUGAUCUCAAUUAGAAGGUUAUUUUUCGGGGGUUUUCUUGUCUUUUUUUUUUUUUUAUGUACUUCAGGGCCUGAAUUUAACAAUUUAUAAACUAAGAAUGUUAAGGACCUUAAUGUUAAUUUACAGAAGCAGAUUAAAACUAGAAAUGCAAAGUAAAUAGUUUCAUUGUUGUUGGGGGGGGGGAUCAAUAAAAUGAAGACAAGUCUUAAAUUCAGACUGUAACAUUUAGUAACUGUAACUUUUGUGUAUAUAUGAAUCAACAUUCACAUUAUAUGAGACCAGAUUUAUCAUAGGUUUAGGAACCAAUCAAAUAGCAAGACCCAUGGCAAGUGUUGCUACACCCAUGUAAAUAUUGAAUACUGUGAAAUAAAUCAAUAUUCAAAUAA